CUCCUCCAGCUUGGUGACAUGAUAAGGAGAACAGCAGUACCAGACCGUGGCCAGGCCAGAUAAGCCAUGCGGAGUGGGCGGGCUGUUUUUCUCAAGCUACUCCUUUUGUAGUAUGUAGCCCAACUAACUCCUGAGGCCCUUACUGCGCAGCUACGCUGCUUUUUAGUUAAAACCCAGAACCCCAGCAACAAACUGCAAAGAAAAAUGGAGGGCUUAGAAAAGGACCAUCCUUACUCGGGAUCUUCCCAGCAGCCUCCACCAGCCAGAGAGGAAUACACUGUGCCAGGGGCCAUCACGCACCGCCUGCGAGACCGAGAGCUGCUGAGGAAAAGGAAAGCAGAAGCACAGGAGAAAGAUACUGUCCAGUGGGUUCUGGGAGAGCGGGGUAAGAGCGCAGGGCCCAAGAGGGGCCGAGGAGCUGGGAGAAGAAGAGGCCGACAGCAGGGUACAGAGCCAGAGCCUCAGCCUGACGUGCAAGAGGAGGUGGAGAAGGAGCCCCCAGAGAAAGCACAGGCAUCUCCAGGGCACCAUGAGGAGGAACCCGCCCUGUCUGUGGCUCAAGGGCUGUCUGGUGGGACUCAGCAGGAGGCGGUAGAGGGCCCCCCUGCUCAGGAUAUUCUGCAUCCAGCAGAGCUAGGGGAAGCACCAAAGUCAGAAGAAGCAGGAAUAUCAGAGGCUUUGAAUAUCCCUCUGGAAAAUGACCAUACAGAUAAUGGAUACUACCCCUCAGUUUUAUUUUGAUCUUUUUUUCCUUCCCAUUGCUUUGGUCAAAGUCCAGCCACCGUAGAAUGAUUUAGAUCUGCUAUUCCUGUGUGAGCAAUAAAAACUAAACACUUGCACCAUC